GGGGCCGCAGGGCCCAUACCGGAAGUUGUGUACGCCGGCGCCUUUGCACCAAGCCGAAGCGCUUGCGGGUCCCGUCCCUUGGCGUCCCACAAAAGGAAGUGAACGAGCUGAUGGAAGAGCUGUUUGAAACUUUCCAAGAUGAGAUGGGAUUCCCCAAAGUGGAAGAUGACGGCCCUGAGGAAAAGGAUCGUGUGGCUGAGUCUCGGCCUAACUUUAAUACCCCUCAAGUCUUACGCUUUGAGGAGCCACUGGCCAACUUGUUAAAUGAGCAACAUCGGACAGUAAAGGAGCUACUUGAACAGCUGAAGAUGAAGAAAUCCUCAUCCAGACAGCAGCAGGAGGCAGAGAGGGUGAAGCCCAAGAGUGAAAAAGUUCCUCAGACUCUGGUUCUGGAUCUAGCACAGAGGAAGAGACUCCAGCAGCAGAUGCAGCAGCAUGUUCAGCUCUUGACGCAAAUCCACCUUCUCGCCAGCUCCAACCCCAGUCUGAGUUCGGAGGCCAGCACCACCAGAGUAUUUCUUAAAGAGCUGGGAACCGUUGCUCAAAGCUCCAUCACCCUUCACCAUCAGUUCAACCCUGAGUCUCAGCCCUUGUUCCAACCCUGUAACCUGAUGGGAGCUAUGCAGCUCAUCGAAGACUUCAGCACACACGUCAGCAUUGACUGGAGUCCUCGUAAAACUUCCAAGAAGCCUGCCUAUGAAUUUCCCUGUUUGCCAAAGCAAGUGGCUUGGAUCCUGGCAACAAGCAAGGUUUUCAUGUAUCCAGAGCUACUUCCAUUAUGUUCUCUGCAGGCAAAGGAUCCUGAGGAUAAGAGCUUCUUCACCAAGGCUGAGGACAAUUUGUUAGCUCUAGGACUGAAGCACUUCGAAUGCACUGAGUUUCCUAAGCCUCUAAUCAGCAAGUACCUUCUAACCUGCAAGACUGUCCACCAACUGACAGUGAGAAUCAAGAGCCUGAACCUCAGGAGAGCUCCCGACAACAUCGUGAAAUUGUAUAAGAAGACUAAACAGCUGCCUGUCUUGGUGAAGUGCUGUGAAGAAGUCCAGCCACAUCAGUGGAAGCCACCUGUAGAGAGAGAAGAACACCGACUCCCUUUCUGGUUAAAGGCCAGUUUGCCAUCCAUCCAGAAGGAACUGCGGCACAUGGCUGAUGGUGCUGGAGAGGUAGGAAAUGUGACUGGAGCACCUGAGACCAACUCUGACCCAGGCCGAAACAAAGGCAGCUCAGAGUUGGGGAGUGAAGCUCGGUACCCACUGCUGUUGCCUAAGGGUGUAGUCCUGAAACUGAAACCAAGUGCCAAACAUUUUUCCAGGAAGGCUUGGAGACAGAAGCAGUCUUCGGGCCUGAAGCCCCUCCUUGUGCGACCCAGCCCCUCUCUUGAGCCUAGCUUCAACUCUGAGGAAACACCAGCCAAUUCGAGUCCAUCGGAAACCCCUGCGAGCAAAAUGGUGGGUCAGAUUCUUCACCCGAUCCAGACAGUGCCAGGAGUCCCUCCACUGGAAGUCAGAGGGGGUCAUGGUUUUGAGUCUUCUUUGGCACUGCCUGAGGCCAGGACCAGCUUCCCUCUCACCUCUGCCCCUGUUUCUCAGGUGAUGCUGCCCUCACUUGCCCCUUGUAAGUUUCAAAAGCCAUGUGUGAAACGGAGACCCCCAAAGAGAAAGGGGGCCAAGGCCUCUCCCUGUCUGAAACCUGCCCCCUUUAUCCAACCGGCACCUGUCAUCUUCACUGUUCCUGCUACCACGGUGAAGGUCGUGAGCCUCAGCACUGGCUGUAACGUGAUCCAGCCUGUCAAUGCAGCUGUGGCCCAGAGUUCUCAGACCAUUCCCAUUGCCACCCUGUUGGUUAACCCUACAUCCUUUCCCUGUCCAUUGAACCAGCCCCUUGUGACCUCCUCCAUCCCACCCUUAAUUGUUUCUGGCAACUCUAUGAAUCUUCAUGUACCAUCUACCCCUGAAGAUAAGGCCCAAGGCAACGUGGACAUUGCUUGUCCUUUGGCUGAAGGGAAAGGUGCCGUUCAAGGCCUAGAACCCAAAGUGGAACCCCAGGAACCAUCUCCUCUUGGUACUACUGUCCUGCCCAAAGAGGAGCAGAGCCCGGGGCCUCUACAAGCAGAUGGGGGGUGCCAGGAAGAAUUGUCAGAGAACUGUACCUAUCGCUGGACUAUUGUGAAAACAGAGGAGGGGGGAAAAGCCCUAGAGGCACUGCCUCAGAGCUUACCGGAAUCUCUAUUCUCCCCGCCGGGAAUUUUAGAGGAUAUCGUCAAGGUGGAACCUGAAGACCCUGGGGAGGAAACCUCCAGUCAGUCCCCUGGGGAAGACAUUUGUGUUGUAAUCAAAGCGGAGCCGACCGUGGAAUUGGACACUAGCUCCUCACAUGAGGGGUCAAGUGGCACUAGAGAGGUCAGGAAACAGGCGUGUAAGAGGAGGAGGAGUCAGCCAUAUUUCUAGAAUCUGGGAAUAAAGGCAGCCUCUAGAAACGGGAGACAGGGAAGGACCUCGAUCUUCCAUUACGUUUUCGUAUGGUUUGAGUUUUGUAACGUGUAUGUGACAAAUUUUAAAGGCAUGUCAGAGCCACUGAGUGGAACGGCAUGACAGGCACGGGUCAGAAAGCCUGCUUAGGUAGCCCUCGAAAGAUGCAAGAGCAGUUGUAGGCAGAGACAAAUUUUCAAACACAGUAACUCAGACAGGAAGUGAUGGGGGUAUGAACUAACAUGUUGGUAACGAUAAUGGAGAGAAGGAGCUGGAUUUGAGAUAUUAAGACAAAUCUAAAGGCUUGAUGAACCAGACUGAGGUUUAUCCAUCAGGGUUCAACCAGAGGUAGACCACGAGGAGACAUACAGAAAGGGCGGUAUUACAUGGUUUCAGCCUUUGCGACCGGGGGGUUGGGCAAGCCGUCUCUGGAAGGCUGUUGUGUCUCAAUGCCGGCACAUCAGUCUAGCUAAAGUGACCUAGGGCCUCCAAAAUUGAUGACUGGGCUUGGGUCAGGAAUGGAAGUUCUAUUUCUGACAGGGAGUCCUCGAGGAGGUGGCUUAGGGAUAAGGGAAGCUGGCUCUCUGGGAAAAAAAGUUGAGUUACACAUUUAGAGACUGUUGUCCUUAUAAUGAUUCUUCAAAUAAAGCAUUAUAAAAUCCAAGUUAGAUAGAUACUACCAUUUAACAGGUACCUAUUAGGUGUUACCACCACACUUACGUCUGUAUAUCGUACUGUGGUAGCUUGUGUUAUGAUGCUAGAAGCUAUGCCACUGGUAUUUUAAAUACCAGUAGGGCCACCCAUGGUGGACAGGUUUCAGAGGAGUUGCAGACUCAGACUAGGAAGAAGAGCCUGGUGAUCUACUUCCAAAAAAUAGCCAAGGAAAACCCUAUAGAUUACAACCAAGUAUCGUCUGAUACAGUGCUACAGAGUGAUCCUCCUAGGCUGCAAGGCGCUCAGAAUACACAGUGGCUGCAACAGUGCACAAGAGCAUGACGGCAACUGUGAAGAUGGGGUAGGGCCAGGCAACAUUUUGUUCUGUUGUAUGUGGGGGUGGGGUCUCCAUGAGUUAGAGCUGACUCACUGGCAACUAACGAUGACAUUAUGUGUUAAGCACUUUACUUGUAAUAAGUAAUUGAAUUCUCACAAAACUCCUGCAAGUUUGGCAUCAUUAUCACUAUUAUACAGAGAAGAAAGCAGGCUUAAGAGUUUCUAGAAUAUAGAGUUAGUAAGUGGCAGAUCUAGUAAUUGAACUUCUGACUCUUUCGACUCUACCAGCCUGGGUAUAGUGAGAGAAUCAAUCUCUGAUGAGUUGAGUGAUUACUUCUCGGUUCUCCCAAGGACGGUGUAUAGUACUGCUCUACAUUAAAGACAGGUUGGUUUGUUACAUACAGCGCACGCUGUGGUGCCGUAGUGCGUAAUUCUCUGGGGACCAUACAAAGCUGCCAGAAACUCCUGGAGUUUCACUAAGGCUCCAGGGCCAUCAAGGAAUAAAAGUAUAAAUAGGCUGUGAAUGAGUUAGCGUCUCGGGAGCGGGGAGAAGUUAAGCUGUGCAUCUUGAUCUCCUGAAUUGAAUAAAGUUUAAAAAAUAGAAUUCCUGAAAAUGUCUGUAGAACUGAAUCUCUUCAGACCUCUAACAAGUAAGAAAUUCAUUAUGGCUCUAUUUUUUUUUUUUCUUCCCAUAUUAUAAAUGUAACAAAACACACAAAAAAUAAUUUAUUUUUUUAAGGAAAAGACCCAUAAUUAUCUUAAAUGUGAAAGCCACAUCCAAUAAACUGGUACUAGUUUCAGGAAGCAGGGCUGUCUUACUGCUGUUACAGUCAGUUCACAGGGAACCCAUUUCAGUGAAGUUGGGGCUUCCUCGUCUGACCAGGUCUUCCGGGCACAUUGUGGUCACGGCUUAGAGGUAGGCACAGAGCCGCUCCAGCUGCCCCGGAUUUGCAUUACUCAGAAAUAGCAGCUCCUUCAUCCCUCCUUCUGUAUGAGCUGAAAUGGAGUCAAACACAGAUAAAUGGCCGUUUCCUCCUGUUGCAGUGGCGUUUCCCAGAAACUUCUGUAGCAGAGGCUGUGUUAUCCAGAUCACAUUCAGAUGUGACUAAUUAGCAGCUCCCACGAAAUCUUAUGUCUAGAUCCUUUAUCUCAUUAAAAUUUUUUCUAUGCAUAAUUUUCCCUUUCUGUCUCCACUCCUUGAAUACAGCAUUCCUCCCUCCCUUUCAAGAGAAUAUUCUGGAUUUUAGGACCUUGUCAAAGCGCCCAGCCCACUUGGAAAUCUCCUUUGUGCCUCCCAACCCACCAUACUUCUUUUAUACUUUUGUCCUUUGAUAACCUAUUCCAGUUAUAGGUUAACUCUAAUAUCUAGUGAUAGGACAGCCUUUCCUUUUCCUUUACACCCCCCUCACAUCCAGAGGUGAGGACAAAGGUAAAAUGAAGAGAUGGGAUGUUUUCAAUCAAAGUCAACAAAUUUUGUCUUGUUUCUUGAAAUCCUCGCUCUCCUUAUCUUCCAAUAAUACCAGGACAGCUAUGGCAAGUACUUGUUUUGGUGUCGGGGUAACCGUUACAUAGUGUAAAUUAUUCUGUGGGUACCCCAGCAUGUCAGUCAGUCAGAGUCUGUUGAAUGACGAAUUAAUGCAACAAUGAGAACGGCAGCAACCCAAACCUCUGGAAACUGCCCCGUGGGUGGACCUGGCCUGGCUGCCUCCCUUAGGAUGAGCGUUUUAUUUGGGUCUAAGAUGACAAUUUAGGGGGAGAGAGAAUCUCUUUUGUAAACUAAACCUUAAAAUUCGCCCCCUUUCUGUACCAUUUAAUUAGCCAGAAGUCAGGAUAAAGUGAAAACGAUGAAAUACAAAUUACAGGCUGCUGCUGCUGCUGCUGCUGAGGGCAGAAGAGAUCAAGGCUCUGAUUCAGUGGGCCUCCUGUGAGCACUAAGCCCUAACAGAAAAAACAAAAACAAACCUGACCUUUCUCAUGUUGAAGCCAAUUGUUCUCCAAAUAAUACUGAAUACAACUUUGGAAUUCUUUUGGGUUGUAGUUGGAAACCAGGAUGGGAAUAAAGGGAUCCAGAGCAUUAAAUCCUUCCUGGAGGUGGAAAAGGAUAAAAACACAGUUUUAGUGAGGUAACAAAUCAGAAGAGUAACAAGUAAUAUCUAAGUACUUUGAGGGCAAGGCUUUUCUUUUGUUUCACUCCACUGCUCCCUGGUUAUGCGGUCUUGUACAAGGCUCCACCUAGUGGUGGCUGCUGUUAUUCAACAGGCAACAUAAACUCUAUUUUAAAAAGGGAUAGGGCUUAAGGGGGGGUGCCGAUGGAGUAUACUUUUUUGGGGAGCAGUUCUGAUGUUUGGGUCCAAGUUAAUCUUUUACAUAAUCAAAAAUAAAAAAAUCAAGGAUGGGGAAAAGACUUAAAUGCCACAUGAACUGAAUCAGUCUGUUUUUCGAAUUUCAAUCAUAAUGCUGAAGGCAGGGGGAAGAACUAACCCAAGUAACUUCUACACAGAGUCUUGUGACUACAGAUCAUUCAGCUAAAGACAAAAGUUACUGUAAACAAAUACCAAACUGGUGAUGAGUAGCUGCUUUUUCAGAGAGGCACGUGUGAGCAAUUCUCGAACUACUUGUAGUGUAUUCUAGAAUUGAGCAGUAAGGAAAUACACUGUCGGUAAUGAGAGCAGACUUCUUGUUGUUGGAGAUGGGGGUGGCAGAUGUGGAGAGGAUAUAAUGAAUGCUAUGAUGCUGGACUGGAACUAGAAGUAUCAGUAUGAGCUCAUGGCUUUUCAGUGUAAUUUGAGAAAAAGAUGUAUGUCUAUAUAUAUAUAUACACACACACACACACACACAAAUUAUAUAAACAUAUGUAUCUAUAUACAUGUAUGUACACAUGUAUGAAUAUCACACAUUUACUAGCUCUGCUGAGAGGUCCUCAAAGCAAGGAGACCCCAGUAGCAAUGCGUACACCUAAUGUUUAGGUUUUGGUUUCUAAAUACCAUUCUCUUCUACAGUGAACUGCUGGCUCCCUGGAGAAGUGGCUGAUUGCAAGGCUGGGGCCUAGAAAGUACAAGAUGUGUCUGGAACAUAUUCUUAUGCCAGAAAGACAUGCUCAAAGAAUGGAGGGGACAUGUCAAAAGGAUACAGGAGCCAACUGUAGGGUCUCCUACUGGCCAAGUCUGAGAUAACCAAGCAUAAAAAUAAAAAUAAAAUUUAGGACCCAUUAAAUAAGAGUCCACGAGUUAGCACUGACUGACAUACGUACAUACACAAAUUAAAAAAAUAAAGGAGAAGGGAAAGUUCCUACUUAGAGUAGAAAAGGCAACUAAUGCAUUUAGAAGAAAUGAUGGAGUUAGGAAAAUCUCCAUUUGGUGAUAAUCAUAAUAACUGAUUUAGACAAGAAUCCCCAAAGGAUGCCAAAACUAGUAGGUGAAAGUCUGAGAAAAAAUAGGAUAUUUUGCUAGUCUUAAAUCAUAUCUCCACAAGAUAUUAAUUAUGAAGGGAGAAGAAUAAAUUUACUGAGGAGAAACCAGGUAGAGUUUAAGUAUUCAAAGUUAACAUCACCAGUAACAGGAGAGACAGACUUCAUGUACCUUCUGAUGUGAUGCAGACAUGACAACCAAAUAUACCAUAUAACCUAAAACUCUUUUUUUAAUGAAGGAUAUUGGGAUAAUUGGCAAAAUCAGAAUAAAUUCUGUAGAUUAGGUAACCGUAUUAAAUCAAUGUCAGUCUCCUGAUUAUACUGUGGUCAUAUAAUGUCUUUGUUUUUAGGAAAUACAUAUUAUUUAGAGAUAAAGUGGGUACCAUGUCUGCAGGUUACAAACCAACCAAACUAAACCUGCUGUCGUUGAGUUGAUUGCAACCCAUAGUGCCCCUACAGGACAUAGCAGGACUGCCCCGCAGGGUCUCCAGGGAGUAGCUGCUGGGUUCAAACUGCUGAUCUUUCAGUUAGCAGCUGAAUGCUUAACCACUGUACCACCAGGACUCUGGUUACUGUCACAUAAUUCAGAAGGGAAAAAAAAAGAUGUAGACAGAGGGGAGAAAGAGCAUAGUGGAGGGAAGAGAGAGAGAAGGGGGGAGAAAAAAAUAUGUAGACAGAAGAUGGGGAGAGAAAAGGAUAAAGCAAAUAUGGUAAAAUGUUACCAUUCUAGAAAUCUGGGUAAAGGAUAUAUAGGAAUAAAAUUUUUCUCUUCUGAAAUUAUAUCAAAAUAGAUAAAAGGGGAAAAAAAGAAAGAUCUCUUUAGGCAGAAUGACUAGGGAGAAUCAAAUUUUCCAAUGCUUUGACCUCUCCCAGCAGCUCCUGGGGCAUGUAGGCUGUCCGAGGCUUAAAUAGUGAACCAGUCUGGCUUAAAGUCAACACAAUGGCGCCUCCAUUCUAAAAAACAAGAGAAAAGCUCAGUUAGAAAAAGCCGAAGAAAUACAGAGAAGUGCAUUUUUAAUCAUCUGUAGUUUUUUUUUUUUUUUUUGCCAUACAGUGGUGCAGCAGUGUGGCCUGGCACAAUUCAAUGGCAGUGAAAGUGGUUCGUAGUUCAAGAUUUGGCUCUGACAGUAAGUUGCUGUAGGAUCUGAAAUUUAUCAAGACAUGUUUCCAGGUCUUAAAAUCUUUUCCAAAGAUGGUGGGAAGAUAUAAAACCACUUUAAACAAUUGCAAACAAAGUAGAAUUAGGCCAAUAUUUAAAUAAAAUAGCUUUGCAUAAGCUUACUCUAGUCUCGUGGAAAGAUUAGAAACCAAAUACACAAUUUUGUUCCAGACCUUACCCCUAGCUUGGUACAGAUAUGGGUAUUGAAUAAGAUAUGUAAAAACUUCCUGUUCAUAAAAUGAGAGACUGUAAAGUAUUAGCAAUAAAGUAGCAGAAUGGCUUUGAAAUAACACAUUUUCCUCUAAAGUCUGUCAGGUAUCAUACGCACUCACCCAAUCAUUUUUCACCAUUUUUCUGAGGUUGUAAAUAAACGCUAGUUCCUCUGGAGCAAUCUGCACAUGGUCAAGGAGAGAGACAGAGAAAGAGAAGAUCAGUAUUUGCCAUUCCUGGAGCUCCCCUGAGACAAGCAAAUGACAACAAAAAAUCCUCAGUCACAACCUAACUGUAGUACCUGGAGGUAAACCCUCUGGGGUAAGCUUUCUGCUUCUGGAAGGAAGGAAUGCAGAAAGGAUGUGAGAAGGCGCAAUUAUAGAGGCAAAGAGCCACAGAUGCAACAGCCCUUUCUUCAAAGCUACUGGACCUAGAGCUGCUGUAUUUUUGGAGAUUAAAAGCAGUCACCAAGGGAGAAAAUACCCACUGUCCCAAAUCACCCCUUUCCUCGAUGCUUCUGAGCUUCUCUACUUAGACCACAUUGUCUCAUUUUGAAAAGAGAAUAGAAAAAGUUAAAAAAGAAAAAACUAACAACAACAAAAAACAACCCCACAUCAUAGCUUUGGCUGUCAUGUUCUUUUCAAAACACUAUCCCUUAGUUUUCGAUGGAGGGUGGAGCUCUUGGCAUCACUUUCUCUGUCUGACACUAUUUUCAGUGCACAUUUUAAUUCACAUACUCCUAGUGGAAAAAAAAAAAUAUAUUGUAUGGUCUAUAUGGUUACGUCCCAGUGCCUGCAAACGACAGUACCAGAAUCUGGAACAGAAAAGCCCAAUUUUCCUACCGGGCUUUUAUCUUCUCUCUUCAGUGUGGUCCUCCCCCAGAGAGCAUUGACUCCGUCCACUGCCACCAGGAGGUGAAAAAUCCCACAAGAACUUUGCCUCCUUAGCUCUUUCAGCACAAUCCCAACUGCAUCUGUGGCAUUCCUCACCCGUGUUAUGCCCUGUGGGGGAGAGAGAGAAACAACGGCUUACAGUCCUAAAAGAGGCCUUCUCAGGGUAGGACAAGGUACACAUUCAGCAUCUUUACCUGUUCAACUACGUCUCCCAGAGGGCUGCCUUUCUCAGUGCUUUCUCGCUUAUUCCAGACAUACUUCUCUUGAACUUUUAUCUAAAAGGAAACAAAAAACCCCCCACUACUUAGCCUAAGGGUGAACCCAUCCCUAGUUGAGAAGGUAGGAGGCUAAGGUUAUUAGCCAGUUUUAAUCUCUUUUCCGGGUCCUGUAAGAAAGCUCAGUACGGAAGUAAAUGCUUUCUAGCCUACUUCGGCCUGAACUUUUAAAAGCUCUUAUCUGGAGAAAAUUAUUUAGUUGACAAUGUGCUUGUGGGGAAUCUGAGGCUGUGAACUUGGGAAAGUUAGCAUAUCAACCUGGACUUGACUUUGCCGCCACAUAAUGGGAACAGCUGUCGCCUAUUUCACAUGGAGAAAGUGAUUUCAAGUUGUGAAUCCAAUCUGAGGUAAAUGCAUUAAAGAUAAUACAAAAUGGUAUAGUUAUUCCAACUGCAGUAUCAGUUCCCCAGUCUACCUACCAGGGAGGGACUCAUGGCACAAGGUAGACAGAAUCUACAUGAAGACUGCCCAGCACCAAACUUCUGGGAGUCUAGUCACCUGGCUCAGGAAGCGCUCAUUUGAAGUUCUGAAAUUCUUUAGCCAUGUUGAAGCCUCUAAAGGUUGAUCCAAGCGCUGUUUGUUAUAGGUAGACUGCAGAAGAUCCCGGCAAUUUUUCACCCAGCGAUGAGCUUAAAAAAAGGCACAAGAGAAUGAAAUAGGCAGGAACUGCAUUCAACUAAAAGUACUCUGUGCCUCUCUGAGUUAUGAGAAGUGGCUUUAGUUUCCCAUAUAUAUUUCUUAAGGUCUUUUUGCCUCAGGGGCUUACUUUUUUGUCUGGCCCGUCUUAAACAUUAUCCUGACAGUCCAUACACAAGGCUUGCCAAGUAGAUCAAAUGCAAUCUCUGCUUCCUGGCAGUUUUAAAAACUAAGUCAGAAAACAUAGAUGCAUACAACACCGAACAAACAAGGAAUAUAUACGCAAAGUGUGACGAGGCAAGUUUUCUAAGAUCCAUGUUGACAACCCUAGAACACUGAUAAACAGCACCACAUCAAAGGCUCUGAGGGUGCUCAAAACUUGUUAACUCAAGGCGAAAAAGCCUGUGACCUCUAAAGCAGCCGUUCAUGCUCUCAGGCAUUAGAUGUCAAAGUAUGGGGUGCUGGGCCAAACGCUUCAUUCUUUGUACUGUAAGGCUCCAGGGAAUUUCUGGCUGACUUUCCUCGUCGCAUUUACUUCAUCUUGCAACCACGCUUGGCACUAAUAUCAUGAAGAAAUUAGGACAAACUAGCUCAGACUGCUCUGCACCUGGAGCAAAGGCUUUUCUUUUGGCCUUCGGAGAGCUGUCAGAAAAUUAAAGUCGCAGGGCUACCACAGAACUCGGAUAAAGAAGCCUGACACAGUGAAGAUAGGAAAUUCUUACCGUCUGGAACAUGCAGUAUCAGCCAGUCCUGUUUUGCACAGAAAUGAACAACAUGACAGAGACUGAGGGUUUUUCCUGUCCCCUUCUCCCCAUCUAAAGCACCUGUUGUCAAAGAAAACAUCACCAGAAGGGAUACGUUUGCACCUAUCUUUUCUUUUCCUUCAUUUGAAGGGAGAAGCACUGGCUCAGAGGGUCUAGGCAGGUAGGAAAGGAUACACAGAAUAUAUCGCACAGCUGGGUGUGCAAAGUUGGUGUUUUUCAGGUAAUGCAGAAGCUCCAGCGCUGGUUUCCUUACCAUCAGGCAAGCUUCAUUGAAAGUCUUCACCUAAGAAAACAGGGAGGGAGGAAGCAGGUGGUGGCUGUAGAGCGCCUAACCUGUUUUUGUUAUACACACUGAGCCUCAUACAGCAACCAGGGGCACUAAACUGCAUGUCUUUAAUUUAUCCAGCUGGGAGAGGAUAGGUUGGUAUUGAAUUGGAAAAUCGAGCUCGCACAAUUUAGCUGAAGACUGAGAUGUAUUAUUCCACACUAAGUAACGUAACAGUCAGCUUUUGAUUAUUCCUGUUAACGAAGCACAGGUACAACAUCAAUUAACUGAAAUCUAUAAAUAAUACAGACAUCUCAUCAUAAAUGCCACUUAGUAUAUCACUUAGGGGUGACAUAAAUAUUAAAGGGUGUAAAGCACUUAGGCAAAGUAUCUGACAUACUGUAAAUAUUCAAUAAAUGUUACUUCUCUUUAUUUUUAGAUAACUCUUAUUAUUCUAACCAUCUACACUUUUCUAGAGAAAACUACAUACACGGCAGCUCAGGCACAGGCGUGGCCAGCUCCCCACAGUGCAAAGGCCAUACGUGACAUCACCAGACCACUGACAUCAGAAUUCAUGUGUUCAUUUCCCUUUUGACACCGGGAACACGUUGAUGGAAAAAUAUGGGAAGUACCGAUAUGUGUGGAAGUGAUUUGCAAAUAAAGUGUUUAGUUACAUCUACUAAUAACAAUAAAUUUCUACACAGAUAACUAUUUGGAAGUGUAUCAGAUGAGGCUUAAAACUGUGUCCACAUUUUUUAACUGGAUUGGAGAAGGAAUUAACAGUUAAGUACAAGCUUAAUGGAAAGUACAACCUUGAAAACCAUGACACAGAUAUUAAAACAAACAUGCCAUUAUUAGGCAUACCAGUACUAAAAUACACAGACAAUGGUGGGAGAGUUGGCCUUCACUUAAAUGGAAAUUACAGAAAUAAUGGAUGAGUCAUUCCCUCCAGGGCACUGGUGGUUAAGCCAGUCUGAACGCAACUUGAACCUGUUCAGUGAAUUACUUAAUAGGGCCCUUCUCACCAUAGUCUUUGUGACUCCCAAACAAUGACGGGGUGAGACUAUGCAAAUAAGGUGCUUGUGGCCCACCAAGGGGAUUGGACAGCUUGCUAAGGUGCUUGUGGCCCACCAAGGGGAUUGGACAGCUUGCUAAUAAUGCAGAUAAGGGGCAUGGAACUCCUGUGGGGGUGGGACCAUGCAAGUAAGGUGUAUGGAACUCUAAUGACGGGACUGGUCAAGUUUUGUCAUCCCGGUAGGCUUAAAAAAAAGCCAAUCCCAGGGCAGAAGGGGGGUCCUCACUACCACCAAACAGAAGAGCUAAGAAGGAAGCCCGUCCUUUGGACCCGGGGUCCUUGCACUGAGAACCUCCUAGACCCAGGAGACAGAAAGCUGUAAUACCAGAGAUAGUACAAGAUGGAAAGAUGAGGCAGCAGCAGAACCAGGAGACCAGCAGAUGAUGGCACGGUGGGCUUCUUAGCCCAUGGAGCAACAGAGCUGAGCACCUUCAGGCAGGAGGCUUGCUGGUGGAGUAGGGUGCCUCUGGGUACUUACCGGUGUAGCUAAAGAGCUUUGCAACAGAGCAGAGACCGGCUAGCCCAAGAGGUCCAAGAGGCCAAGGGCCACGGAAAGGUCUGCUUGCAGGCACAGCUGAGAAGCUGUCCUGACUGAAGCACUAUAUCCUAAAUCGUUCCUGAUCCUGAAUUGUAACGUGUUACUUCCCUAAUUGUUGUUAGCUGCCAGAGAGUCGGUUCCAGCUCAUAGCACCCCUAUGUACAACAGAAGGAAACACUGCCCGGUCCCAUGCCAUCCUCACAAUCACUGCUGUUUGAACCCAUUGUUGCAGCCACUGUGUCAGUCCAUCUUGCUGAGGGUUAUUAUCUUUUUCACUGAUCCUCUACCAAGUAUGAUGUCCUUCUCCAGGGACUGGCCCCUCCUGACUAACAUGUCCAAAGUAGAUAAGACAAAGCCUCACCAUCCUCCCUUCUAAUCAGUAUUCUGACUGUACUUCUUCCAAGACAGAUUUGUUCUUUCUUCUGGCAGUCCAUGGUAUAUUCAAUAUUCUUCAGCAGCACCAUAAUUCAAAGGCAUCAGUUGUUCUUCAGUCUUCCUUACAUGUUGUCCAGCUUUUGCAUGUAUAUGAGGCGACUGAAAAGACCAUGGGUUGGCUCAGGGGCACCUUAGUCCUCAAGGUGGUGUCCUUGCUUUUAUACAUUUUAAAAGAGGUCCUUUGCAGCAGAUUUGCCUAAUGCAAUGCAUGUUAUGAUUUCUUGACUACUGCUUCCAUUGUGGAUCCAAAAAAAUAAAAUCCUUGACAACUUCAAUCUUUUCUACGUUUAUCAUGAUGAUGUUUACUGGUCCAGUUGUAAGCACAUUUGUUUUAUGUUGAGGUGCAAUCCAUACUGAAGGCUGUGCUUUUUGAUCUUCAUCAGUAAGUGCGUCAAGUCUUCCUCAUUUUCAGCAAGCCAGGUUGUGUCAGCUACAUAUCGCAGGUUGUUAACAAGUCUUCCACCAAUCCUGAUGCCAUGUUCUUCUUCUAGUCCAGUUUCUCGGAUUACUUACUCAGCAGACAGACUGAGUUAAGGAUGGUGAAAGGAUACAACCCUAACACACACCCUUCCUGAUUUUAAACCCCUUGUUUUGUUUGAACGACUGCCUCUUGGCUUAUGUACCGGUUCCUCAUUAGCACAAUUAAAUGUUCUGGAAUUCUCAUUCUUCGCAAUGUUAUCCAUAAUUUGUUAUGAUCCACGCUUCUGCGUAGUCAAUAAAACAAAGGUAAACAUCUUCCUUUCUGGUAUUCUCUGCUUUCAGCCAAGAUCCAUCUGAUAUCAGCAAUGAUAUCCUUUGUUCCACAUCCUCUUCUGAAUCCAACAUGAAUUUCUCGUAGUUCCUUGUCGAUGUUCUUGUCGAUGUACUGCUGCAACCGUUUUUCAGUAAUUUUCUGCAAAAUUUUACUUGCGUGUGGUAUUAAUGAUACCAAAAAAAAAAAACCAAACCCAGUGCCGUCGAGUCAAUUCCGACUCA